CGGGGCGUCAUCAGGCGUAAGCAAUUGAUCGCCUGCGGGAGGGGGGAAAAGCGACGGCGACGGCGACGGACUCCGAAGUAUCGGGAAGACGUCGGAGGCGCUCCAAAAGGGGGUCAGCAUCGCGGGUAGACUUGGGAGGAACCGCGUCGACUGCGUCUCGGAGUCCGGCUGAACUCGGGAGAAGACGGGAAACAACUUUGGAAGCCAGUCGGGAAGUUUUUUCCCCCCUCCUCGAACAAAGGCUGAGAUUCCUUCCUGUUGGCUCCGAUCCGAGCCGCCGAUGCUGGGAACCACGUGAUCGCGAGUCACCAAAACCAAAAGUCACCGUUUCGCUCCCCUGAAACUGGGAAAACACAAUGAGCCUCAACCCACAAGCCGUCGGCGGUGUCUAAGAGGCCAUCUCCAUGGCAACGCAGUUCACCAUCGACGACGCCUUCGCGCUGGAAGUCGACGAGGAAGGCGCCGACUCCGGACGGAAGACUCGGGACAAGGACAGGGAGGCGGAGCUCACCUUCGGCCCGCUGACGUUCUCCAAGGCUCAGCCUCAUCCCUCGCCCGAGCACACCAAGCUCAAGUAUCAGAAUCUGGAAAACGAAGACCCGCUCGGCACCAACGGCAACUCGUCUUUCAGCAACUUCUUCAAAGUCAGCGACCCCGCCGCGCUGUCGUACUGCAGCUCCCAGUGGUCCUUCGGCACCUUGAGUUCCGCCACGCAGUUUUCGGCACGUUGUUGCGGGUGGCUGUCGCAUCCGCUGCUGAAGAAAAACCAAAAAGUGGUCCUGGCUUCCUUCCUUCUGCUGGUCACCGGACUCGCUCUUAUUUUCGCUGGCGUUCUCGUACAUCUGAAUCCGAAUGCAGGCCUUUCCGGCGCCAUCUUCUUCGUGCCCGGCUUCCUGCUCUUCAUCCCCGGAGCGUAUCACGUGACCUACAUCGGCUGCGCCGUCCGCGGCCGACGAGGCUUCAAGUUGUUCUACCUGCCUUAUUUUGAAAAGUGACGGAGCGGGCAGGAACCGCGAGGUCCCGACGUCCGCCCAGGUUUUGUGAAAGUAUUUUGAUGCUCUGCUGUGAAACGGAAAUAAAAACUUUUGUCACUCUUU